CCAAACUCCACACUUCUGCCAUCAUCAUCCGCUGGAAUUAUUUUCCCAGAGUCGAUCGAGGCCUUCCCUAAGUCCGAUUGAUACCACCGAGUAUCCCGAGUCUUCACUUCCAACAACAUCACCUGUGUUUUCUCUGCUUUCUCCCAGCUGAGAAGAAACGAGAAACUGUCUGCGAGCCAGGCCGCUCCUCAACACAACCCGGCCAAAAGCGGCUCCAUCUUGGCUUGCAGCUCCUCCCAUCAGGUCCACCACCCGACCGCCUGGACUAUACUGUAAAUCUUGGAAACGUACCCGCCGGCGCUCUUUGAGAGCAGCAGUUGCGACAUCAACUACAACACCAUCUAUUUCAUCCGGGCGCGGCCCUGCAUUACCCAUGCUGUCGAAUCCGCCCAAUAUGAGCGGCCUUCACUCGCGCCAACGCCAACACAGGCGACAAAACUCGACGCCAUCCGCCUUCGAUGCAGUGAAGAUUGCGCCCCUACCCAGCCUUCAGCAACGACGGCCUGUGUCCCACCGACGCGGCCUGAGUUUAGACACACGGGCGCACCCACUCGCUCCGGCACCAACAAACGCGGCAGUGCGGCGAGGAUACGCGCCGAUAAGUAUCCAACCAAAUAACACGGGGUCCUCGGCGACACCACAGCAAAUGCUCCGAGAAGCUCAGCAGCAACGAGCAACCCACCCGGGUCUCGGCCAGCCCGCAUUCGCAGAACAAGACGGAAGCGACAACUUCCUGAUUUCCCCCCAGGUCACCCCUCAAAGCCGCCGCUUUACCAACGCGGUUCCAGGACAAAGUCCGCUGACCGGCGCGCAUGGCCUACAAUUCGAUCCGUACUCAGGGCCUCUUGGCUCUUUUGAGCGCACUGUCAACCCGCUCAACGGUACCAACAUCGAUCCCUCCCGAGAGUUUGACUUUUUCCAACCCGAGAGCGGCCUCUCAACACCGAGCUUUAUGACCUUCCCAGACUCUAGCCCUGGCGGCGAUGGUCACGGUUGGGGUUCGGAGACAGAAACAGCGAGCACCCACUCGCGCCGGUCUUCGCGGCGGAUGAGCAAUGGGAUCAUGGACAAGGGCGCCAAGUUUGAAGCCGCCCCGGGUGGUUUCGAAGUCUCGGGAAGGCCAUGCACCCCCAGCGGGCAAAUCACCAACGAGUACUUCUCCCAGACCCCAGUUGAGGCCUCGAUAAAGAACGAGACCACACCCUUGCAGCCACUGAACAGGUUCUCUGAGGGCUAUGAUGAGUCAAUGGAGGAAACCCUCAAGCCCCUGCGAACAAAAAACAACAACCGAAACUCGGGAAUUUUCCAAGACCUCCGCCAACAAGCAGAGGCCAUGGCACACACGCCGCCCCGAGCGAACACGAUCCCGAUGGCGAUUCCCAACCCCGGGCUCCAAACCCCCGAGUUCAUGAACAUGCGCACCAUCAGUGCCGAGCUGAGGAGGUUUGAGCGCGGCUAUGGAAGCAUCCCCACGAGCCCGGUAGAUGGGCCGUCCAUGUUCUCCUUCAUGAAGUCGGACAAUUUUGGCGACAAGUCGGAAUUCCCACCACUCACGUUCGAAUCGCUCAACACGAUCCCUCCGCUCGUCCCACCAUCCCCCAUCAACAAGUCACCAUCACGGCGCGGAUCCCCUCACCGGCGAACGGAAUCGGUAGCCUCGGUAACCAGCGCUGCGAGUAUCGCGGACAUCAACAUCGAGGAAACCAAGACCGAGACGGGAGUGAGCAUCGACGACAUCGCAGCGUAUAUCCAGGGGCCAGACCCAUCCGACGGCAAGUGGCGGUGCCUCUACGAAGGAUGCAACAAGCCGUUCGGCCGCAAGGAGAACAUCAAGAGCCACGUCCAGACACAUUUGAACGACAGGCAAUAUCAGUGCCCAACCUGCAAGAAGUGCUUCGUCCGGCAGCACGAUCUUAAACGACACGCCAAGAUUCACACGGGCAUCAAGCCCUAUCCAUGCGAGUGCGGCAACAGCUUCGCUCGGCACGACGCCCUCACUCGCCACAGGCAACGAGGCAUGUGCAUCGGUGCCUUCGACGGGGUCGUACGGAAGGUCGUAAAACGGGGCCGGCCCAAGAAGAUCCGGCCGGAGAUGGAUGAGCGGCGGGAUAAAGCGGAACGUACCCGGCGCAAGAACAAGCUCAAUUCGGCCAACUCGGCCUCGAGCCAGUCCGGCUACUCGGACAUCUCGAGCGCCAACUCCCCCAGCAACGACUUCGACGGCCUCCUCGACGACGACCACUUCCCCGACAUCCUCUCCGCCUCCAUCGGCUCCCUCCCCAACCCCAUGACGACCGCCACCAUGAACCCCUCCACCCUCGCCGUCUCCGCCGCCUCAAUACCCACCACCACCAGCAUGGCCGAAGUCUUCCACACCGCGCUCUCCCCCUCCGCCAUGAGCAACUACAGCCAUGCCUCCCACACCUCCUCCCAGCCCCCACAACAACAGUCCCAACCCCAACAACCCCAACAACAACCACCCCUCCACCACCACCCCGAAUACGCCACCUCCCUCGCCGAACUCCACAACCCCCCCUCCCCGAGCAAGUCCGUCUCCAGCCACUACACGCACCACACCACCACCACCCACGCCCCGCACACCCCGCCCGACCUUCUCUCCUCCCCGCGCUCGCCCUCCGCCACUGCCACCCCCGCCCACCACCACCAACAGCAGCAGCAGCAGCAGCAUCAGCAGCAGCAGCGCUUCUUUGACCAACCCAACCACGAGUCCGACGCGGCCGGGAAUACAAGCGCGCUGUCGGAUGCGAGCAGCAUCGGGUUGGGGACCACGGCGGCGGCGCACGCGGCUGCGGCCGCGGGGGGGUUGGAGAUGGUGCUGGGGUUUCAGGGCCAGCAUGGGCAGGGGUUGUUGGGCGGGGAUGAGUUUGGUGGGGGGGAUUUGAAGUUUGAGAAGUUUGAGCGGUUUGGGGGGUUGGUGGGGGGGUUUGAGAAAGGGGGGUUUGGGGAGAGGUUUGACGAGGAGGGGUUUGAUCCGGUGAGUAUGUUUACGAGUGGGGAGGAUGUUUUUUUUGGGACGGUUUAG